AUGGGUAUGCAGAAUAUCUUUGGGGACGCGUCUCCUGUCUUCGACGGGAGCUCCAGCAUAUACUCACGUCAACCUUUGCCAAUUGGGAAUGACGGUGAAGAACAAUUUUCGGUUACCCUUCCUGCGGGAGGGAAGGUACGAGCCAAAACCUUUAAGGUAAUCAUCAGCAAAUUGGCGCAAAUCAAUUUAACGUGCAUCCAAGACUACAUAAAUGGCCGCGUUCCCUUUACUGGGGAAGUUCAAACCUGCUUUUCGCUUUUGAACACGGUGUUGAAUUAUAAACCCCGGAGUACCUUCGCUGUCGUGAAGAAUGGAAUUUUUCCAGAAAAUAAUGGUCGGCAAAAAAUUUUAGCGAAUGGAAUAGAAUUAAAACAAGGAUUUUGUCAAUCAAUUCGCCCGGGAAUGGGUAAGACCCUUGAAAUCCUUUUAAGAGAAAAUUUCCCGGUACUAAAAAAUGUAUUAUUAGGUCAACUGGUGAUAAAUGUAGAUUUAUGCGCGGCUUGUUUCUAUCCGGCCGGUUCGUUGUUGGAAUUUGCAAAGAGCAUUUUAAUGAAACGAAGUAUCAAUGAAUUCAGAAGGGGCAUUACCGAUAUGGAGAAAAGACAACUGGAACGCGUGAUCCAAAUACGCGUGAUUCAUCGUGGGGACAAAAGCCCAAAGUUCAAGAUCGAACGUCUAUCGUCCGAAGCGGCCGACUACCUUACGUUCGAAAAAGAAGGACAAAAAAUGUCUGUGUCGGAAUAUUUUUAUCAGCAGUAUCAUCACCGUCUUGAGUUUGGCUUGCUACCAUGCAUCCUCGUGAAGAGAACCAACUAUAUUCCAAUGGAAGUUUGCGAUGUGUUACCUGGGCAACGAUUCGAGAAAUCAUUUGAUGACAAAGCGAAAGCUGAUAUGAUAAAAUAUACAGCUUUAAAACCACAUGAAAGAUUCGGAGAUAUUAAUAAAGGUAUCGAGAAUUACUACAAGUAUAAUGAAGAUGAGAAUUUACGUGAUUUUGGAAUUCAAAUAGAACAAAAGAUGAUCGAAGUAGAAGGAAGACUCUUGGAUCCUCCGAUUCUCAUUUAUGAUGGAAAUAGUCAGGAGCCUGAGUUUCCACCUAAAUUCGGAAGAUGGAAUUUAGUGAAUAAGAUUUUUCCCGGAGCACGCGUUCUUGAGAAUUGGAGUGUUCUGGUCCUAACCAAAGAUUCUCCACACAUCAUCGAUACCUUUACCGUUGAAUUGCAGAAAACUCUGAAAGAAAGAGGCGUUAACGUUAAAACCCAUCCGAAAAUUCAUAACGGUAGUCCGCAAGGAGAUUUGAGGCAGUUGCUUGCCAUUGCUCACGAAAAGGCCCGGGUUAAUGUUAACUCUAAGGUCCACAUUAUCUUGGUGGUCAUUCAGAAAAAGUCAUCCCAACCCUACGGGGCAAUCAAAAAGAUAGCUGAUACUGAGUUAGGAGUUGCUACCCAGUGUAUCGUUUCAGAAAAGAUAAAAAAGUCCCGGGAUAAGAGUCUAUUGUCGAAUAUCGCGCUAAAAAUCAACGCGAAGAUCGGGGGGCGCAACUGCGAACUUAAAAAAGGCCAAUUAACAUUUGUGGCUUCAAAGCCGACCAUUAUAAUGGGCGCUGACAUCUCACACCCCGGCUCCGGACAGACCGGACAACCUUCAAUUGCGGCGGUAUGCGCUUCCAUGGAUAAAACUGGAAUGGUUUACUGCGGGCGUUACAGCGUCAAUAGAGAAAUUCGCAACGAAACUAUCGAACAAUUGGAGGACAUGACAUGCGACCUGCUGAGGUUCUUUCUGGAAAGAACGACUUUUUUGCCCGUGAGAGUGAUCUUUUAUCGUGACGGAGUUAGCGAAGGGCAAUUUCGGGCGGUCCUCAACAGGGAGAUAAUGGCAUUGAAGAAGGCAUUUGAAAAGGUGUACAAGAGCGGAAUGCCUACGUUGACCUUUGUGAUCGCGCAAAAAAGGCAUCACACAAGGUAUGGUGGAAUAUAUAGGGAUAUUGCCCUGUCCUGUCGAAAAAUAUAUUUAUUUUCAAGGAUGGAUUUUUUAGGUUCUUUCCUAGCGACACAAGAAAUUUUGGUGAUAGAAAUGGCAAUUGCCAACCUGGUACUUGUGUCGAUAGUGUAA